UGACGUCACAUGAUGUAUGUAUGUAUAGAUAUCGUGGCGUGGGCGCUAAACUUUCGAAAGAAUAAUCAGAAUUGUUUGACGUUUAAAAGAAGAAAGAUGUUAAAAAAUUAAAUAAUUUUACAUGCGAAGGACUUUAUAAUCAAUUAUUGAACUUGAUGUCUUAUUAUUGAUAUCGUGCUCGACACUCGUACGGGAAGAAAUUGAUCUAACCUAACAACGCAAUUCGCGUUCUAAACAUAACCUGUCAAAAUACAGCGAAAAGAUUACCGAUAUCGGUCAAUUAAUAUUUCGUACGAUCGAAAUAUAGUUUUGAUUGAUUGGCGACAAGAUGGGUCGACGUAAGAGUAAACGAAAACCGCCCAGUAAGAAGAAGGCCAUUCAACCCUUAGACACACAAUUCAAUUGUCCUUUUUGCAAUCAUGAAAAGUCGUGCGAUGUUAAAAUGGAUAAAUCAAGGAGUACUGCAAGAAUAACUUGCAGAGUAUGCUUGGAGGAUUUUCAAACGACGAUAAAUUUAUUAUCGGAACCUUUAGAUGUAUAUAACGAUUGGAUUGAUGCCUGUGAAAGUGCGAAUUAAAGAAUUAUCAGACAUAGAUAUUAUAUUUUUACAAGAUUUCUGUAUGUUAUAAGUGAACAUUCUUGUCACAUUUUUAAGAUUUUUUACUAACACGCUAUCUUUCAUAUAAGCUAUCUGUUUUAUAAAAAAGGUAUAUAUAUAUAUGUAAUGGUAUAUAUAUAUAUAUAUAUAAAUAAUAUAUGCUAAAUGUGGCUUUGUUCGAUUGUAAAACAAUGAUUAUUAUCAUUGUUUAUCAAUAUCUUAAAUGUAUGCAUAAUACUGUUCCAAUAAAAGAUGAUCUUGAUCUUA